AUGAACCAUAUUCCGUUGGUCUCGCCUGCGGUAACGCCAUCGGCUUCUCUUUCUGAUACUCCUGUUCCUCCACCACAGGUUUCGGAGGAAAUCAGACAUCAGUUAGAUCUUCCAGAUACCUUGCCCGUAGUCAACUGUUUGGCCAGAGCCCGUAUUCCCACGACUCAGGGUCCAGAGAUCUUCUUGCAUUUGUACGAAAACAACAUUGACAACAAGGAGCAUUUGGCUAUUGUCUUUGGUGAAGACGUCAGAUCCAAGACUCUAUUCAAGCAGAGAAGGGGAGAUACGCAGCAGGAUAGAAUGACAAGAGGUGCUUAUAUUGGAAAGCUUUUCCCAGGUCGUACGGUGGCUGAUAGAGACGACAAGAAUGGUACGGAGUUGCAUUUCGACGCUUUGGGCAACUUGAUCCGUGAAAGCGAAACCACAUAUGCCGAUCCUGUCUUGGUAAGAAUACAUUCUGAGUGCUACACAGGAGAAACAGCCUGGUCUGCCCGGUGUGACUGUGGAGAGCAGUUUGAUGAGGCAGGCAGAAUCAUGGGCACCAACGGCCAUGGAUGCAUGGUGUAUUUGAGACAAGAAGGUAGGGGCAUUGGUUUGGGCGAGAAAUUGAAGGCCUACAACUUGCAGGACUUGGGUGCAGACACAGUUCAAGCCAACUUGAUUUUGAGACAUCCAGCGGACGGCAGAAACUUCUCGUUGGCUACCGCCAUUUUGUUGGACUUAGGUUUGACUGAGAUCCAGUUGUUGACCAACAACCCUGACAAGAUUCUUGCUGUUGAAGGAAAGAACAGAGAAGUCAAGGUAUUGGAAAGAGUGCCUAUGGUUCCAUUAGCUUGGAAGAACAAGGAGAACGGAAUCAAGUCCAAGGAGAUCGAGGGGUACCUCAGUACCAAGAUCGAGCGAAUGGGACAUUUGUUGGAGAAACCAAUCAAAAUUAAUUAA